AACUUGAUAAGACGAAAAUACUUUGAAAGCAAAAAUGAAGUACAUAUUUAUUAGCCUAUUGUUUAUAACAUGCAUAAGUAUUGCAUUAGUUUAUGGUGAAGAUGACUGUUGCCGAAAAAUUAGUAAAGCAAAAGCAGCAUUGUUAGAAGCAAUUGAUACUCUUCAGAGAACCAACAGACUUCUUGGAGAGACAGGUUCAGCGAUUCCUUUCAAUAAAGUAGCCUUUCAUGCUAGAUUGACUCCAUCUGUAACCCUUGGUUCCACACAGACUGUAAUUUUUGAUCACGUGAUAACCAAUAUUGGUAAAGCAUAUAACCAACACACGGGUCAUUUCACAGCACCCUUCAAUGGAAUAUACUUCUUUGCUUGCACAUUUCUCAGACCACACACUGCGACUCAACUACAUCUUCAAAUGGUUCAAAACAGCACCGAAAUAUCACGUGGACAUGCGGCAACAGGCGGAGGAUCACAGGAAGGGUCGAUGAAUGCAGUUGUAUAUAUGCACAAAGGAGAUGUUGUGAAAGUGCGUCAUUACCCUGGACUUGGAUCGGAAAUAAUACAUGGCGAUUGGAGCUUUUUUACGGGUUACCGUAUUUAAUAUUUUACUAUUA